AUGGCUCAAGUGUUAGUCCUAUCGGAUUCGAGCUCCACUGCUAGCACAAAGUCCUCAACAGAGCAACCUUCGGAUUACCAUGAGGCAACGAAACCUGAGUGUGUGACAGACGCAGCGGGGCGGUUGGGGGUAACACGAGGGGAGAGGCUUCGUGUGGCGGUGCGCUGUGGCACUCUGUUUGUUAUCAUUUGGCGAUACCAGGGAGCGACUACUUGUAAGAAAUGGGUUGGACCAUCGGCUGCAGAGGUCUGUUUUUGUUUUUGUGUGUGUUUGUAUCAUGCUCGAAGAGUGACGGUGAGGCCAUAG